AUGGCGACUUCGACCCUCACCAAAGAGCAGUACCCGCCCCGGCUGUCUCAGUCGGAGCAGGACGCCCUCGUACAAACCGUCAAGGACUGGGCCAUUGGCAACGGUCUGUCUGUCCGACCACCUCCCACCGUCGUCUCGCCCGAGUCGGAUCCCAAGGGCAUUCUGGCUGUCAACGUACCGGUCACGCUCUUCCCUAGUCCGUUCCCUCGGUCAUGUUUCGAGCAGGCGAGGUCUGUUCAGCAAACUUACAACGAGCUUUACGCUGCCAUCAGCAGAGAUGAGGACUUUCUGAGUGCAAUGGUGAACGAAGUCAAGGGCGGCGAUGAUUUCAUCAGUAAGCUGUGGGAUACCCAUGUGCGAGUGAAGAAGGAGGGGUACACUCAGAAACUUUCCCUAGGGCUGUUCAGGUCGGACUACCUUGUCCACCAAGACAUGUCUUCAGGCGAGCCCAAGCGUCAGGUUAAGCAGGUCGAGUUCAACACGAUAGCCUCGUCUUUCGGUGGCCUUUCAUCCCGCACCUCGCUACUCCACAAGUAA